AUGGUCGAGGUGCGGUUACGCCGCCGAGGUAUCGAUACAAUUGUGUUAUGUGGGAUCUCGACCAAUAUCGGUGUUGAAUCCACCGCCCGCAAUGCCUGGGAACUUGGCUUUAAUCUGGUGAUUGCCGAAGACGCCUGUAGUGCCGCCAGCGCCGAGCAACACAAUAACAGCAUUAAUCAUAUCUACCCGCGCAUCGCCCGUGUGCGUAGCGUGGAAGAGAUCCUUCACGCGUUAUGA